CGCGCGAUAUAGCUGGAAGCCGAGCCCGAGACGUUGGUGGUCAUGGUGUUAGCUGUGUCUGAGAGCGACUAAAACAUCAUGAAAUUCUUAAUAUUUUCAGCCUGUUCCUUGUUGUUGGUGAUGAAAGGAAAUGCCCAGCAGCCUGAGCUUCAACCAUUAUUAAGUGAAACCACCCCAAUCAACAAUGGAGAUGAAGUCAUUCUAGAUUGCAAAAUAACCAAUGCCGGCAAUGAUGACUUACUAGUCGAGUGGUACCAUGAUGGAACCGUUAUCAGCUUUAGAAAAGGCCUUCUUCGUGAUGAAAAUUCUGCCUACACACUGGAAGUCGGCCCAGAUGAAGAUGAUUCUACGACGAUUCAUUGGAUCAUCCGUAUUGCUAAUGUAAAUGUUCUGCGCGAUAAAGGAGAAUGGACCUGCAAGUUUGAAGGUCCACCGGCCAAGGAAGUAUCAACGACACUUCUACAAAUUGUACUUCCAAUAAUUGACGACGUCACACCGAACCUAAUGAACCCGCAGCCAAACAGCGAUGUGCGCCUGGAGUGCAGGGCCUCUGGGAGUCCGCUGCCCAGUGUGACAUGGUCCAGGACAUACCCAGUCGAGUACAUCCUGAUGAACGGAGCAAGGAAGGGUUUCGUCAGGAAUGUUUUCAACAGUACCAUCAGGCUCAACCCCCUCAGUAGUGACCACAGGGGAGAGUACAUGUGCUCGGUGACAAAUGGAUUCGGGGAAACACUGACCAGAAAGACCUAUGUCCAAAUGCCAUAUGCCCCAGAGGUCAGAGCAACUAUUCGGCACAUCCGUGUAACUCAGAACUCUGAAGCAGUCCUUGCCUGUAUCAGCCAGGCUUGGCCUUCUACAGGGAGAGAGAGUGAUGUAUUAUGGACCUUGAAUGGCACUGCAUUGGACGCGCAAGGUGGUAAUGUGAAUGUGGAUCGUCAUCCAGAUGGGUUCUACGAUGAGCGUUACUAUUCACGCUUGACGAUUCGGAAUGUUAACUACAACCACGUUGGAUCCUAUGAAUGUAUCUUCACUAAUGAGCAGGGGGUUGGAUCAGCCUUUGUGUCCCUCGGAUUGGAGCCAGAGAUUGACCCAAAUUUUGGAGCUAAGAGUGAGUUGUAAUACACCUAUAGAAAGGAGAUGAUCUUCAUCUUUCC